AUGAGCGAAAUUGUGCCGAUUCACAACAAUUCCGAUCAAAUGGCGUCCAGCAAUCAUUUGAACAAUAGCCCAAAGCAGCGGAUUAAAGCUGCAAAGCGAAUUUUAAAACAAACCAGAAUUCCACGAUGUCUUGCAUCAAACGAUAUUCAAUGGCUGAUCGAAGCAAAACUACAAAAAUUUCUACAUUUUCCACCAAUGGAGACAAAAACGUACAGUGAAGUGUUGUGUAAUUUUCUGCUGGGCUUGCACGCGUACAGAGGUAGCCCCGACUAUGUAUCCAGUGACUCGAUUGAAAAGGAGUUCAAUGGAGUGAUGAAAGAGGUAUCCGAAUUUGGUCCAGUGUCAUCUUCUUCUGUGAGACGAAUGGCACGAAGGGCUAGGAGAAGGCGGGACCAUGGUCGACUUUCCGUUUUAGAUCCUUCAUAUUUUGAUGAAAAAUUCUUCGACAAAUUCCUUCCCGAAUAUUUACAAUUACAAUAG